AUGCAGACAUGCAAAACUUUGGAAUAUUUAUUUUAUUUGGCCUUAUUCGUAUUGUACUUUAAGUUGGCGGAAUCAGCUUCCAUAGAUACAAUAAAUAUUUCUACGACAUCGAUUACAUCGCCAUCUGCUAAGGAUGUUUUGACUACUACCGCUAGAUCAAUGACAAAUAGGGGAAGCGUUAGAAACGUUGAAGGUGGCAGUAAAUUGAAACGCACUUUAGAAGAAUGUAAUAGUUCUUUUAGUUGGAUGUGUUUAAAAUUGGAAUUUGUCAGAAUACUAGAACGUCUUACGGAACGUGAGGAGUUACGUUUGCUAAAUGGCAUAAGUGUGGUUAAAGAUCCAGAGGCAAAGGAAAUAAAAACGUCGGAAUUGAUGGCUGAGGUUGCUCGCAGUUACCCCAAUGAUCCAGAUGCCCGUUUAAAUGGUUACAUUAUCAAUAAAGUCAAUAAUUUCUUGCAAACUCAUUAUUUGCGUUUUAAACUUAUUGAUGAUCAUACCAUAGAGGAAGCUCGUUCUCUAGUCGAAACCGGACGUAAAGAUAAAUUUGGCAAGAAAGGUGGCAUGGAAGCUUUAAUAGCAGCUGGUCUAAUGAUGAAGGGUACCUUAAUGGCCAUGGGUAUGGGUGGUAUAGCUUUAAUUGCUGGUAAAGCUUUAAUGACCGCCCUAAUGGCUUUAACUCUAGCAGCAGUGGUAGGACUUAAAAGUCUAGCUGGUGGUGGUGGAAAAUCUCAUACAUAUGAAAUUGUUACAAAACCCAUUUACACAUCUAGUCACUCACAUUCAGUAUCACAUGAAGACGGUGGUCAUGGCGGUCAUAUGGGUCACAGCGGCAGUGGUUAUGGUGGUUAUGCCAGAUCAUUGAAUUUAAGUUUGCCUAAAAGUUUGAGAGCGAGCGCUAAAGUGCAUUGA